AUGGGGUCGCAGACGCUGCAGAUCCUCCGGCAGGGGGUGUGGGCCGCGCUCAGCGGCGGCUGGUACUACGACCCGCACCAGGCCACCUUCGUCAACGCGCUGCACCUCUACCUGUGGCUCUUUCUGCUCGGCCUGCCCUUCACCCUCUACAUGGCCCUUCCUUCUUCCAUGAUUAUAGUAGCAGUUUAUUGUCCUGUGAUAGCUGCUGUUUUCAUUGUUCUGAAGAUGGUCAACUAUCGACUCCACAGAGCACUGGAUGCUGGAGAAGUUGUAGAUAGAAAUGCAAAUGAGUUCAAAGAUCAGCGAGCCAAAACUGAGCAAGGCAACUGUUCAACUAGGAGAAAAGACAGCAAUGGACCGAGUGAUCCUGGUGGAGGUAUUGAAAUGUCUGAGUUCAUUCGAGAGGCCACACCACCAGUUGGUUGCAGUUCAAGAAAUUCUUAUGCUGGCCUAGACCCAAGUAACCAGAUUGGAUCUGGUUCCUCUCGUCUUGGAACAGCAACAACUAUUAAAGGAGAUACAGACACUGCUAAGACUUCUGAUGACAUCAGUUUAAGUCUGGGCCAGAGCUCUAGUCUUUGUAAGGAAGGAAGUGAAGAACAAGAUUUGGCAACUGAUCGGAAGCUCCUCCGUCUGGUCUCCAAUGAUUCCUUCAUCUCCAUUCAGCCUUCCUUAUCCUCGUGUGGACAGGACUUGCCAAGGGACUGCAGCGACAAAGCGAGCCUGCCAAGUCACAGCCACCACCACGUCGAUCAGUCUCUGUCUAGCGCCUGUGACACGGAAGUAGCUUCUCUCGUCCCUUUACAUUCACACUCUUACAGGAAAGACCACCGGCCACGAGGUGUACCACGGACCUCUAGCUCUGCCGUGGCUUUUCCAGAUACUUCACUGAAUGACUUCCCUCUGUAUCAGCAAAGACGUGGGUUAGAUCCAGUGAGUGAGUUAGAAUCUUCCAAACCUCAUUCUGGAUCCAAAGAAUCCUUGGUGGAAAAUUCUCGUUUAUCUGGGGAAUUUCAGCUUGUUGGUGAGCUGAAAAACAGUCAUUCUCAGCCACCUACAAAAAGUGGGAAGAGCAAACCUUUGAAAGCAGACAAAAGCAUGGACAGCUUGAGGAGCCUGAGCACACGGAGCAGUGGGUCCACGGAGAGCUACUGCAGUGGAACGGACCGUGACACCAACAGCACUGUCAGCAGCUAUAAAAGCGAACAGACUAGCUCCACUCACAUAGAGAGCCUCUUGUCAGAGCACGAGGAGUCUCCUCAAGCGGGAAAGAAAAGUGGGAGGAGGAAAGAACGCUGUGCUGAACCGGAGGAUAAGAGUAGCUGUUCCAGUGACAAAAGGACUAGCAGUGAAAAGACUGCCUUGGAAGUGAGUACAAACAAUGAGGUUCAAGAGGCCAAGGAUUUGAAUACCUCUGAGGAUGUGCACAAUCAGAGAGGUCUCAGCCCCUCUGCAUCGGAAGAAGCCAAUAAAAACCCCCAUGCAAAUGAGUUCACUUCUCAGGGGGACGGACCCCUGGGGAAAGCUGCCGACACCAAGGAAGAGCAGAGUGAUAAGUCUGCUGUCUCAGUGGACUCCAGAGUUGCGAAAGACGGUGGAAAGCAAAAGGAAGGGGAUGUAAGACCUAAAUCGUCCAGCUUAAUCCACCGGACAGCCUCUGCCCAUAAGUCAGGCAGGAGGCGGACAGGGAAAAAACGGGCCAGCAGUUUUGAUUCAAGUCGGCAUAGGGACUAUGUUUCCUUUCGAGCUGUUUCUGGUACCAAGCCGCACAGUGCGAUAUUCUGUCAUGAUGAGGAUUCUAGUGACCAAAGUGACUUGAGCAGAGCAUCGAGUGUUCAGUCUGCUCACCAGUUCAGCAGUGAUAGCUCUUCUAGCACCACUUCUCAUUCGUGUCAAUCUCCUGAGGGGAGAUACAGUGCUCUCAAGACUAAACAUGUCCCUAAAGAAAAGGGCACUGACCCUGAGCACACACACAAAGCUCAUUUGGGUCCUGAAGGAACUGGUAAAAAGCGGACAACACGUCGGACUUCUAGCACAAAUAGUGCCAAGACUCGGGCCCGAGUGCUGAGUCUGGACAGUAGUACAGUAGCAUGUUUGAAUGACUCCAAUAGGCUAAUGGCACCUGAAAGUAUAAAACCCUUAACCACUUCCAAAUCAGACCUCGAGGCCAAAGAAGGAGAGGUGCUAGAUGAGCUGUCUUUGUUGGGACGGGCUUCCCAGUUAGAGACAGUCACUCGAUCUAGGAAUAGCUUGCCAAGCCAAGUUGCAUUUCCUGAAGGUGAAGAACAAGAUGCAGUCAGUGGAGGUAAAUUCUCUUCUACACUUUAUGAGACUGGUGGCUGUGAUAUGUCACUUGUGAAUUUUGAACCAGCAGCAAGAAGAGCAUCCAAUAUCUGUGAUACCGAUUCUCAUGUAUCCAGUUCUACCUCAGUUCGAUUUUAUCCACAUGACGUGCUCUCUCUCCCGCAGAUUCGAUUGAAUAGACUAUUAACCAUCGAUACAGAUUUGUUGGAGCAACAAGACAUUGAUCUAAGCCCAGACUUGGCAGCUACUUACGGUCCAACAGAAGAUGCUGCCCAAAAGGUUAAACACUAUUACCGUUUUUGGAUCCUGCCCCAGCUAUGGAUUGGCAUUAACUUUGACAGACUCACACUUUUGUCCCUGUUUGAUAGAAAUCGUGAGAUUCUGGAAAACGUGUUAGCUGUCAUCCUUGCUAUUCUUGUGGCAUUUUUGGGAUCUAUUCUUCUCAUACAAGGCUUCUUCAGAGAUAUCUGGGUCUUCCAGUUCUGCCUGGUGAUAGCCAGCUGUCAGUACUCACUACUUAAGAGUGUUCAGCCAGAUUCUUCUUCCCCCAGACAUGGUCAUAAUCGUAUCAUUGCCUACAGUAGACCAGUUUAUUUCUGUUUAUGUUGUGGUCUUAUUUGGCUCUUGGAUUAUGGAAGCAGAAACCUUACUACCACCAAGUUCAAAUUAUAUGGAAUAACUUUUACCAAUCCACUGGUGCUUCUAUCAGCCAGGGAUUUAGUUAUAGUGUUUACACUCUGUUUCCCAAUAGUAUUUUUCGUUGGUCUCCUGCCUCAGGUGAAUACAUUUGUAAUGUACCUUUGUGAACAAUUGGAUAUUCAUAUCUUUGGUGGUAAUGCCACUACCAGCCUGCUCGCAGCACUCUACAGCUUCAUCUGUAGCAUUGUGGCGGUGGCCCUGCUGUAUGGGUUGUGUUAUGGCGCUUUAAAGGAUUCUUGGGAUGGCCAGCAUAUUCCAGUACUUUUCUCUGUUUUCUGUGGUUUGUUAGUGGCAGUAUCCUAUCAUCUCAGCCGACAAAGCAGUGAUCCAUCUGUACUUUUCUCUUUGAUGCAAUCUAAGAUUUUCCCAAAAACAGAAGAGAAAAAUCCAGAAGACCCUCUGUCUGAAGUAAAAGAUCCACUGCCUGAAAAACUUAGAAACUCCAUUAGUGAACGUUUACAGUCUGACCUAGUGGUGUGCAUAGUGAUUGGUGUGCUGUAUUUUGCUAUUCAUGUGAGCACAGUGUUUACAGUAUUGCAGCCUGCUCUCAAGUAUGUGUUGUAUGCACUGGUUGGCUUCGUGGGUUUUGUAACCCAUUACGUGCUGCCUCAAGUCAGAAAACAGCUGCCGUGGCACUGCUUCUCUCACCCUCUGCUGAAGACAGUGGAGUACAACCAAUAUGAAGUUCAAAAUGCAGCCACUGUAAUGUGGUUUGAGAAACUUCAUGUGUGGCUUCUUUUUUUGGAGAAGAAUAUCAUCUAUCCAUUGAUUGUUCUUAAUGAACUGAGUAGCAGUGCAGAGACAAUUGCUAGUCCAAAAAAACUGGAUACAGAACUAGGUGCUUUAAUGAUCACCAUUGCUGGUCUGAAGUUGCUCCGAUCCUCCUUUAGCAGCCCUACAUAUCAGUAUGUCACAGUUGUCUUCACUGUGCUCUUCUUCAACAUUGACUAUGAAGCAUUUUCAGAGACCAUGCUAUUGGAUCUCUUCUUCAUGUCCAUACUCUUCAGCAAGCUUUGGGAGCUCCUUUAUAAACUGCAGUUUGUGUACACUUACAUUGCCCCCUGGCAAAUUACAUGGGGUUCUGCUUUCCAUGCUUUUGCUCAGCCCUUUGCAGUGCCCCAUUCAGCAAUGCUAUUUGUUCAGGCUGCUGUAUCAGCCUUCUUUUCUACACCACUGAACCCCUUCCUGGGAAGUGCAAUAUUCAUCACUUCAUAUGUUCGACCUGUGAAAUUCUGGGAGAGAGACUAUAAUACAAAACGAGUGGAUCAUUCAAAUACCAGAUUGGCUUCCCAGCUUGAUAGAAACCCAGGGUCAGAUGACAACAAUCUGAAUUCCAUCUUUUAUGAACAUUUAACCAGAUCCCUACAACACAGUCUCUGUGGUGAUUUGCUCCUAGGACGGUGGGGAAACUACAGUACAGGGGACUGUUUCAUUCUUGCCUCUGACUACCUCAAUGCAUUAGUACACCUUAUCGAGAUCGGCAACGGGCUGGUCACUUUCCAGCUGCGGGGACUUGAAUUCAGAGGUACUUACUGUCAACAGCGGGAAGUAGAGGCUAUAACUGAAGGUGUGGAAGAAGACGAAGGGUUUUGCUGUUGUGAACCCGGCCAUGUUCCUCACGUGCUGUCAUUCAAUGCUGCAUUUGGCCAGCGCUGGCUGGCUUGGGAAGUCAUAGUCACCAAGUACAUUCUGGAAGGUUAUAGCAUCACUGACAACAGUGCUGCUUCUAUGCUUCAAGUCUUUGAUCUUCGAAAAGUACUCACCACUUACUAUGUCAAGGGAAUCAUUUAUUAUGUUACAACCUCUUCUAAGCUGGAGGAGUGGCUAGCUAAUGAGACAAUGCAGGAGGGACUACGUCUGUACGCCGAUAGAAAUUAUGUGGAUGUGGACCCGACAUUUAAUCCCAACAUUGAUGAAGACUAUGACCAUCGACUGGCGGGCAUAUCCAGGGAGAGUUUCUGUGUGAUUUACCUCAAUUGGAUCGAAUAUUGCUCUUCCCGAAGAGCAAAGCCACUGGAUGUGGACAAAGAUUCCUCUCUGGUGACUCUUUGUUAUGGACUCUGUGUUCUGGGACGAAGAGCUCUGGGGACUGCAUCCCACCAUAUGUCCAGUAAUUUAGAGUCAUUCCUCUAUGGAUUGCAUGCCCUGUUUAAGGGAGAUUUCCGUAUUUCUUCAAUUCGAGAUGAAUGGAUCUUUGCUGACAUGGAGUUACUAAGAAAAGUAGUAGUCCCUGGAAUCCGUAUGUCCAUUAAACUUCAUCAGGAUCAUUUCACUUCUUCAGAUGAAUAUGAUGACCCCACUGUGCUCUAUGAAGCCAUUGUAUCUCAUGAAAAAAACCUCGUAAUAGCCCACGAAGGCGACCCUGCUUGGCGGAGUGCAGUCCUAGCCAACUCUCCCUCCUUGCUUGCCCUGCGGCAUGUCAUGGAUGAUGGCACCAACGAGUAUAAAGUCAUCAUGCUCAACAGACGUUACCUGAGCUUCAGGGUCAUUAAAGUGAAUAAGGAAUGUGUCCGAGGUCUUUGGGCGGGGCAACAGCAGGAGCUUGUAUUUCUACGGAACCGUAACCCCGAGAGAGGCAGCAUCCAAAAUGCAAAGCAGGCUCUGAGAAACAUGAUAAACUCAUCUUGUGACCAACCUAUUGGCUACCCGAUCUUUGUCUCACCCCUGACAACUUCUUACUCUGACAGCCAUGAACAGCUUAAAGGAAUUCUUGGGGGACCUAUCAGUUUGGGAAACAUCAGAAACUUCAUAGUGUCAACCUGGCACAGAUUGAGGAAAGGUUGUGGGGCUGGAUGUAACAGUGGUGGCAAUAUUGAAGAUUCCGAUACUGGAGGGGGAACUUCAUGCAUCAGCAACAAUGCAACAAUUGCCAACGACCCCCACAGCACCGUGUCCCAAGGAAGCAUCGGAAACACAGGCCGGGGAUCUGGAGCAGGUCUCCACCCACCUGUCACGGCUCAUCCUCCAACACUCGGCACCAGCCACAGCACUCACUCGGUGCAGUCAGGCCUGGUCAGACAGUCCCCAGCGCGGGCCUCCGUAGCCAGCCAGUCUUCCUACUGCUACAGCAGCCGGCACUCGUCCCUCCGGAUGUCCAGCACAGGAUUCGUGCCUUGUCGGCGCUCCUCUACCAGUCAGAUAUCGCUUCGGAACUUACCGUCCUCCAUCCAGUCCCGCCUCUCCAUGGUGAACCAGACGGAGCCCUCCGGUCAGAGCGGCAUGGCCUGUGUGCACCAUGGCCUGCCUUCUUCCAGCAGCUCCAGCCAAAGCAUCCCGGCCUGCAAGCACCACACUCUCGUGGGCUUUCUUGGGACAGAUGGGGGCCAGAGCAGUGCUGCUGAUGCACCGCCAGGCAGCACCUUAAGUCCUGCCAAUAAUGCACACGCCAAAAAGGGGGAGGUGAUUUACAGAGUCCAGAUUGUGGAUCCCAGUCAAAUUCUGGAUGGAAUCAACCUGUCCAAAAGGAAAGAGCUGCAGUGGCCUGAUGAGGGUAUUCGGUUGAAAGCUGGGAGAAACAGCUGGAAAGACUGGACUCCUCAGGAAGGCAUGGAAGGCCAUGUGAUUCACCGAUGGGUGCCUUGCAGCAGAGACCCAGGUACUAGGUCCCACAUCGACAAGACAGUACUUCUGGUCCAGAUUGAUGAUAAAUACGUGACUGUAGUCGAAACUGGGGUACUAGAACUUGGGGCUGAAGUGUGA